GUGAAGAUUUGCAUCUCAAAGCGGAAAUAUGAUGUAGUCAGCAACUUGCCUUCGCUGCAUCCUACUUUCUUUCUUGUCCUACUCCUUGGCAGGAACAUGAUUGCGGUCCAAACUGCAACAGCAGUUCCCAAUCCUACCUCAAUACCCUCAAAUGCUCCGGAGCAUUGCCCAGGAACCGACUCCGAACUCGCGGGGAAAGUAGAUGCCUGUGCAGGCUGCGCCAAUCAAGAGAUAUGCGCAUCAAGUAAACCCAAGGGACCAGAUCCUGCUUUGCCGGUGAUAAAGCAGCGAAUGACGAAUGUCAAGCGGAAAAUCCUCGUUUUAUCUGGCAAAGGAGGGGUAGGAAAAUCUACUUUCACUGCCCAGCUUGCAUGGGCAUUUGCAUCGGAUGAUGAUACGCAGACGGGCAUCAUGGACGUAGACAUCUGUGGUCCUUCCAUCCCUACUAUUCUCGGCAUAGCUUCAGAGCAAGUGCACGCUUCUUCAUCCGGCUGGUCUCCGGUAUACGUCCAAGACAAUUUGGGCGUCAUGUCUGUUGGGUUCAUGCUCCCAUCAUCCAAAGACGCCGUAAUGUGGCGAGGGCCGAAAAAGAACGGACUAAUAUCCCAAUUUCUCAAAGACGUCGACUGGGGAGACCUUGAUUACCUCGUCGUGGACACGCCACCAGGGACUUCUGACGAGCACCUCAGUGUCGUUCAGUACCUAAAAGAAAGUGGUAUAGACGGCGCUGUGCUAGUAACAACACCGCAAGAGGUUGCUUUGCAAGACGUCCGAAGGGAAAUCGAUUUUUGCCGCAAAGUCGGAGUUAGGAUGCUGGGUAUCGUGGAGAACAUGGCAGGAUUUGUGUGUCCGAAGUGUAAUGGAGAGUCACAAAUCUUUAAACCAACUACGGGUGGUGCGAAGAAGCUGGCUGAGGAAACAGGGUUGGAGCUUUUGGGUUCCAUUCCACUAGAUCCGCGGAUAGGAAAGAGCGCAGAUUAUGGGGUAAGCUUCAUUGAUGAAUACCCAGAUAGUCCUGCCACAACGGCAUACCUGGAUAUCAUAGACCGCAUCAAGGAUAUUUUGGGAGAUGCAUAAAUGUAACAUUUUUAUGUUGUGAGUUGCUUCUGUCUCGUGAAGCUAAUUGGAUCUUGUUCAUCAUCAUCAUUAUCAUACUGGAUAGUAAAUACGUGGAUUUUUCAAUGCACAAGUUCAGCAUGGAACACCGUCAAUGCAGAUUAUUUGCUCGCUGAUGCUGCGUCUGGGAAUGGCCCUUCUCAAGGACUUCAUUCUAGCAUCUAUUUAGGUCAGGAAGCAUUCCACGGAUCACAAGUAU